GCGAAAGAGCGAGAGAGAGAGAGAGAGAGCUAGGGAGCGAAAGAGCGAGAGAGAGAAAGCUAGGGAGCGAAAGAGCGAGAGAGAGCCGCACACAGUACACACUGAUAGAAACAGAGAGAAAGAGGUUGAAAGUGAGACAUUGAGACAGUGUAGUGCUAAAUGAUUUAAAUGUAAAUGUAAAUGUAGUGAUACUGAUUGGAAGAAAAGAAGAAGAACGGAGUAACAGACUGACACAAAGUUAGACCAGGAGGGCAGAGAGAUAGACAGAGAGAGAGACAGAUAGAGAGGCAACAUGUGUCUGGUGUGAUAAAUUCUACUCUUUCCCUCUAAAUAGACUGGGAGACGAACCUUGAGGACAGGCUGAGGGGCCCCAAUACUGAGACUUGGACUGAAAGAAGAGCACAGUCUCACACGGACUGACCCUGCUUUUGGUCUAUUAGUGCUGCUCAGGGUGAUCUGAGAUGGUCAGACUAUAUACCUACAGCUAUGAAGAACAGUGUGGACACACCUGGGCAGACUUGAAUGGACUCACAGACCUGAAUACUCCUUGACAUAUAAAUAGACCUGCAAUCAGAAGCCUGAGCACACUGAGACCUCCACUGCUCUGAACAAGCCUCACCAUUGGCCAGCCACAUCCUGACCAGUGGCUGUUGCCGGUGGGCAGGGUUAAGAUGAGCCUGUCCAAUCAAAGCUGUGGUAGUAGCAUUGACGACCUGCGGCGCUACCAACAUCAUGUUUACGCAGUUGUCUACAGCGUCAUCUUGGCCCCGGGCCUUCUGGGUAAUGUCCUGGCUCUUUGGGUGUUCCAGGCAUACGUCAGGGAGACCAAGAGAGGAGUGGUGUUCAUGAUGAACCUGGCUGUAGCUGAUCUCAUGCAGGUCCUCUCCCUACCGCUCCGUAUCUACUACUACCUGAACCAUACCUGGCCAUUCGGCCAGCCUCUCUGCAUGUUGUGUUUCUACCUGAAAUACGUCAACAUGUACGCCUCUAUAUUCUUCCUGGUGUGUGUGAGUGUGCGGCGCUGUGAGCUCAUCAUGCAUCCGCUGAGGUACCGUUCCAACAGACGACGAGGGGACAUGUGUGUAUGUGCCGCUGGCUGGUUGCUGGUCUGUCUCGGCUGUCUGCCUUUCCCUCUGCUCCGAAACACCAGCCUGACCCCUGACCUCUACACUCACACUGCCCCCUAUGACCUUACCCCUAACCCCUAUGCCUCCAGUCCUAGCUCAUAUGAUCCAGCCUCCACCUCUUCCCCAACCCCUACACCUGGCCCUACCUCCCUGGUGGCGGUGUGUUUUGCGGAGCUCCCCAUGCGUGAAGUCAGCCCUGCGGCCGGCUGGGCUCUGAUGGUGGGGGCGGAGCUGGUUGGCUUCAUCCUCCCUCUGAUCCUAGUUCUGACCUGCGCCUGUCUCUCAGCCGGCAGCCUGCGAGUCCACAGGGGGGAGGGGGAGGGGGGAGGGGUGAAGGACCAUGGGGAGAAGAAGAGGGCGUUGAGGAUGGUGUUGAGCUGUGCCGGAGUGUUCCUGCUCUGCUUCUCCCCAUACCAUGUCACCAUGCCACUAGACUUUCUGGCAAAGGCCGAUGCCCUGGGAAGCUGUGAGGUCAGAGAGAUGGUGCUGCGAUGCCAUCCUGUCACCCUCUGUCUUGCCAGUCUCAACUCAGGACUGGACCCUCUCAUGUAUUACUUUACUACAGAUGAGUUUAGGAGAAGAUUCAGCAGGCCAGAAAUACCUGAAAGCUUCAGUCUGGCUCCAAGACUAUCCUGUACUAGUGGUGGGGGGGAGAAGGACCUGCCUCUGACACCUGAACCUGACCUAUAACCCCUCAGCAGGCCAGCGAUACCUGAGCGCUUCAGUCUGGCUCCAAUAAUCUCCUGUACUAGUGGUGGGGGGAGCAAGGACUUGCCUCUAACCCUGACCCUGGCCCCAAGACUGUCCUGUACUGGUGGAGUCUGUAAGACUGAACCCUGACCUCUAACCACAAAACUGUCCUGUUCUGCUGUGGACAGCAAGUCAUGGGUGAAGAGGGGAAACAAGGGCAAAGGGAACAAGGAGAAUGUUUCAAAUGUGAACUAAAGACAGUUUAUUACUCCAAAUGUGGACAUCUGCUGGACUGCGUUUGGAACUGCCGGUCUGUGGUAAAAAAUGAGCGUUCAUCUCAGCCUAGGCUGCCCUUCAGUCCCUAGACUUGUUGAUCCUGGUGGAGAUAUGGAUCACCCCAGUGAACACUGCUACUCCAGUUGCCCUUUCUUUAUCUGACUACGUUUUCUCUCAUAGUCCAAGAACAUCUGGUCAUCACCGUGGUGGCACAGGGCUACUCAUUUCUCAUAAUGGGAGAUUUUCUCCUUUCUCCCUCACCUGUCCAUCUCCUCAUUUGAAUUCCAUGCUGUCAAUGUCACUUGUCAACUAAAACUUAACAUUGCUUUAAUCUAUCGCCCAUCAGGUUCCCUUAGAGAGUUCCUCAAUGAGCUUGACACCUUGAUAACCUCAUUUCGUGACAAUGGCUCACCGCAAUCUCCUUUUCUUUCUCCCUUUCCUCCAACCAUAUCCACUCAGCCCCUACCUAGAUGGUCAUGCACUGUCGCAAUCUUCUCUGUCUCUCUCCCAUCUUCUCUCCCUUCUGCUAAAUCCUUCUCCCUUCUGUCUCCAUAUUCUGCCUCUACGACCCGACUCUCCUCCUUUUCUGCAUCCUAUGACUCUCACUGUCUUCUUUCCACCGGCCGGCUCCCAACCGGCUCGGGCUUCCCUUCCUGCUCCGUGGCUGAGUGACUCAUUACGAGCUUACAGAAAAGGGCUGCAGGCAGCUGAAUGACUCAUUAUGAGCUUACAGAACAGGGCUGCAGGCAGCUGAGUGAAAAUGGAGGAAAACUAAAUCAUUAUUUUACUCCCUCUUCUCUUCCUUCUGUUCCUCUGUAUCUGCUGCUAACGCCACUUUCUAUCACUCUAAAUUUAAGAUUCUGCCUCUAACCCUAGGAAACUAUUUUCCUCGCCUUAAUCCCCCUCCCUCCUUCCUCCUCCCUCUCUGCAGACGACUUUGUCAACCACUUUGAACAGAAGGUUGACGACAUCCAGUCCUCAUUCACUAUUGAAUCCACUGGUCCCAGAACUACCCUACGCCUGGACUUUUUUUUCACCAGAUGAAAUCCUGCGACUAAUGAUUUCUGUCCGCCCAACAACCUGCCCACUUGACCCCAUCCCCUCCUCCAGACCAUCUCUGGAGACCUUCUCACUUCCCUCAUCAACUCAUAUUCGAUAUUCUAGAUCCUAACCAGUCAGGCUUCAAGACGGGUCACUCAACCCAGACUGCUCUCCUCUGUGUCAUUGAGGCUCUCCACACUUCCAAGCUGACUCUCUCUCGGUUCUCAUCCUCUUAGAUCUAUCCGCUGCCUUAUCGUGAACCAUCAUCCUCCUCUCAACCCUCUCAGGGCUGAGCGUCUCAGGCUCUGCCUCCUCUCCAUCCUCUCAGGGCUGGGCGUCUCAGGCUCUGCCUCCUCUCCAUCCUCUCAGGGCUGGGCGUCUCAGGUUCUGCACACUAUUGAAUUGCAUACUACCUGGCAGGCUCCUCCUACCAUGUGAUGUGGAGAGGUUCUGUAUCUGCACCACGCACUCUCACUACUGGUGUACCCAGGGUUCGUUCUAGGCCCUCUCCUUUUCUCUCUAUAGACCAAGUCACUCAGCCACCCCCUUCGCACACACAGUUGGCAACACGCAUCUCUGUGGGCCACCUCAACCACGACAAGACAGAGCUGCUCUUCCUCCCGGAGAAGGCCUGCUGCUCCAAGACCUCGCCAUCAUGAUUGACAACAUCACAGAGUCUGCCUCCCAGAGUGCAAAGAACCUUGGCAUGAAUCCAGGCCCUUGUCAUCUCCAGUCUGGACUACUGCAACUCACUGUUGGCUGGGCUCCCCGUUUGUGCCAUCAAAGCCCUGAAAUUUAUCCAGAAUGCCGCAGCCCACCUGGUGUUCAACCUUGCCAGGUUCUCCCAUGUGACACCACUCCUCCGCACACUCCAAUGGCUUCCAGUUGAAGCUUGCAUCCACUACAAGACCAUGGUACUUGUCUACGGAGCAGCAAGAGUAACUACCACUCCCUACCUCCAGGCUUUGGUCAAACCCUACACCAACCCAUCCACUACAAGACCAUGGUACUUGUCUACGGAGCAGCAAGAUGAACUGCCCAUCCUUACCUUCAGGCUAUGCUGAAACACCCCAACCCAAGCACUCCACCUCUGGUCUCUUGGCCCUCCCACCCCUAUGGCAACUCCUGCUCAGCCCAAUCAAAGCUCUUCUCUGUCCUGGCACCCCGAUGGUGGAACCAGUUCCCCUUGAAGCUAGGACAGCAGUCCCUGCCCAUCUUACCAAAACAUCUGAAGCCCUACCUCUUCCAAGAGUACCAUAAAAGUAUCCUACACUCCCCCCCCCCCCCCAAUUAAAAUAACCACUCACAAGUUUUACCCCCCCAAACUAACACUGACUUUGCUAAUAGAUACAUUAUUGAGGAAUAAUCUACUUAGUAUGACUGAGCUAUAUGGUUGUCCCACCUAGCUAACCCUAUCCCUAUCUUGAGAUGAAUGCACUAACUGUAAGUCACUCUGGAUAAGAGCUUAAUGACUAAAAUGUCGAUGUAAAUCUGCUGGACACUGAAGUUCAGCUGAAUCUGGGGAGAAAUUAUUCUGUGAAUAUUAAGCUUGCUAACUGUUAAGUCUUGAAGAAGAGCUUUAACUGUAAAUACUUUGGACCAUGCUGAAAUGCCAGAGGUUAAUUAAAACAUAUUUUUUUCGA